AUGGUGAUGAUGAUGAUGGUGACACAUAAUGUUAAUGCUAAACCACAGGACGCUGGUAUAUUUGAAGACAUUGCCAGCAAGGGCUUGACUAUGGCGGGCAGUAUGGCCGAAAUGGUGGGCAAUGCUGGUAUGAUCAGUAAACAAACGGGCUUUGAGGUGCCCUUUGGCAAAGCAAAUUCGGGAACUCAAAUUGGUACAGGGGCAGCCUUCAGAAAUGAUGAUGAUGAUUCCUCAGAAGAGGAUAGACGUCGUAGAAAACGACAUACCCAGGAUUUAAAACGAAAUUAUUAUGACGAUAUAUUCGGAGAAGAAUCCUUGCUGGCGUUGCCUCACUUACAUAGAGGCAAACGUUCCCCCUGUCAUCAUGGUGGUUCUGGCGGAGGCACAGGCACGGGGACCAAUGAUGACAAUAUAGCAGCCGAUGGUGAUGAUAUCGACUUAGCCGAACGUCGUCGAAGAGCUUAUGCCCGCCGACGCAAGGCAGCUGCCCGUAAAAAAGCAACCAAUGCCAAAAAAACUACCCGCAAAACUAAUAACCGCCGAAACAAAUCCCUGGUGAAUGAUGAGGUUCAGCAGACAUUGACACGUCGCAAACGUCAAUCGGAAGUGGAUGAUUUAAAUCAGAAUAUGACCGCUGCCAGCAAGGAUUUCUCACAACAGGCUCAGCAAAUUGCCGAUAAAAUACGCAGUGUGGUGGAGAAUUUAAUGAAUUCAAUGAACGACAUGGCACAGAAAUUUAAGCAGCACUUGACUGGUCAGAAUACAACUACCACAGAGGAAAUUUAG